CGAAUUGGCCUGGUUUGGUUCUCUCUGUUGUCUUUCGCUCUGCACCUGGCUGCUGGCUAGCUGCCGAGUCCUCAACCUCCCCGGUCAGUUCACUUUGUCCAAGCGGUCGCGCGAGCUCUGGCCUGCUCAGGAGAGACUUAUCCAAUGCCCUUUGCACUUGAAGCCCAAGGGUCUUUGCGUGCGGGUGAGCCAACCCAUGUCCACACCAAUAGACGAGUCCAACGUACCAACUGGGCGUUUACAUGGGCCGUUUUCUUUUUCCCUCAGACUGCCUCUCCGUCUACUCUCAUUCUCACACUCACACCAGCAACCACAAUACGUACAGGUACAUACGGGGGCACCUUGUGCUCAGCCAGUCUCUCUCCUCUUAUGAGUGUGUCUCUCUCUGCCUUCUCUCUCCCUCCAGGGUGGGUAAUCAAAUGUCGACCAAGGUCGGUCAACCUUUGAACCAAUUUGUCCACGCCCUCUUUCAUGACCACAGCCCCCAAUGUACAUGGUUAUGUACAGUGUAUAAGCCAAUGGAUAGCAUGUCUAAAUCAGGCUCUCACUUUUUAACUGUUCAACGUCCGCUCCUUCUCAUCCGUGUCGCAUGCUUCUUCUUCUUACAAGCUCCUUCUCUCAUCCCUUCCUACAGAAACACCCGGACUCUCACUCCAUGCUCGUCCCUCUUGAACUCUGGGUUAUGGCCGUGACCGUUUCCGUUCCUGUUUCGUAACCCCGUUUUUCUCUCAUACUCGUUGCUGUCGACCUUGCAGUCGGCUAGACUCCGCUCGCUGCCGCCCUAAACAUCGAUCCGUGGCCCUCGGAGCUCUUCCCGCACUUCAUCGCACUCUCACACGAAGCCUGAAUAGAGCUUGCUAAUCCUCCUUCGCCUUGUACCCACUCGCUCUCGA